AUGAAUAGCGAAGAUGAGCUGAUUGAGAAGGAAGGAGGAGGAGGAUGGUCAGCCGAGGGAGCCUUCGAGGACCAGGUAUGGUUACGGGCCGUCUAUGGUAUCAUAGCUGUACUUGGGAUUACCGGUAACUUCUUGGUCAUGUUUACUGUAGCAAGGGUACCAUCGCUACAAAAUCUGACCAACAUGUUCAUCGUGAGUUUGGCCGUCUGUGAUUUCAUCGUAUCCGUUUUCCUCAUACCGCUACAUCUCGGUUUUGUGAUUCCCGUACCCAAGGGCUUUGGUGGUGAGCUUCUGUGCCGUCUUCUUCUCUCCAAGUUCCCUCUGUGGGCAAGCUUCGUCUCCUCUGUGCUGUCAUUGACUUGCGUUACCUUAGAGAGGUACUUCAGUAUUGUGCAUCCUUUAAGAUAUAAAAUUAUGAGUAAUUUGCAUAAGAGUGCCAUGGCUAUGCGCCAAUCACUGAGCGAUGGCAGAGAGAACCAGCUAUCCAGAGAUCUUCUUCGUGCUCGUAAGAAAGUCAUCAAGAUGCUACUGAUCGUAGUGGUGACGUUUGCGAUUUGUUGGGCACCAAAUCAGUUCAUGUUCUUCGCCUUCAUGUGCGGUUGGAACCUGGACUUCUCCGCUUGGUAUUACCACGCAAGUGUACUGAUAGCAUUCUGUAAUUCCUGCGUAAACCCGUUCAUUUAUGGGUUUCAAAGUAAGCAGCAUCGUCAAGCUUUGAAACAGGCUCUUGGAAUUGCUGCAUGUUGCCAAAACACGGUAGGAAAUACUGCCUCUACAAGCGCCUAUGCUGGUAGUGGCACGGCACCCGGCACAAUAUCGGCAAACUUAAAUGUUGCUUAUUAA